AUGUCUUGGCUUUAUCCUAUCACUCAUAAAAUUUCUUGGUUCAUUCGAACACCUGCUAUUGCUCUCUUAGGUCCUGAAUGUUAUACACAUUUAAUUUAUGAUUUACAACCAGGUUCUGGAAUCGUUAAAAUCCCUCAAAUCUUUAAAAUCUUGAAAUCUAAAUCGGCUCGUGGUCUCAGUUUAAGUAGUUUCAUCUUAGAUACUUUAGGAUUAAUCAUUAUUGUGGGAUAUAAUUAUAGACAUGAUUUUCCUAUUUUAACAUACGAAUGA